AUGAAGAACUGCGGUGAACUCACCGUGGCCUCGGCGUCGGGUCGGGACAGGAACGGGUUUCCAGAACGCUGCAGGAGUGGCUGCAGAGUGCAGGAACGGGACAGACGUCUGUCCGUUUUAUACGCAGCUCCGUCCUUCACCUCGCGCCCGUUCCGUCCGCCGAGCUGCUUCAUGCAGCCAGAGCGAACAGAGGAGCUAAUCCUGGCCGGGGAGCAGCAGCACCCGGAGGAUCAGGGUUUAGAUAUCGCUCACAUCGAGACAGCUGCGCUGCGGCUGAACCGGACCGGCGGCUUCGUCCUGCUGGAAACCAGAACCGUCGUCUCAGUGAAGUUUAACAAGACACAACUCAAUAAAUCCCCCAGUAACCCCGUGAACACAACUGGAGGAGAAAUCUCAACAAGAGGCUCGUUACGGUUCAGCACCGGCAGCAUCUCUGCUCAGCCGGCCAUCGGAGUCAGAGAGCAGAUGGUUUUCCUCCUCCUGCUGGCUGAGGAGGAAGGAGCGGACGGACGCAGCCGGCUGCAGGGGACUGCAGAGGUUCUGCCGGGCUGCAGAGGUUCUGCCAGACAGCAGAGGUUCUGCCUGGCUGCAGAAGUUCUGCCAGACUGCAGAGGUUCUGCCAGACAGCAGAGGUUCUGCCAGACUGCAGAGGUUCUGCCGGACAGCAGAGGUUCUGCCAGACUGCAGAGGUUCUGCCGGACAGCAGAGGUUCUGCCUGGCUGCAGAGGUUCUGCCGGGCUGCAGAGGUUCUGCCGGACAGCAGAGGUUCUGCCUGGCUGCAGAGGUUCUGCCUGGCUGCAGAGGUUCUGCCGGGCUGCAGAGGUUCUGCCGGGCUGCAGAGGUUCUGCCGGGCUGCAGAGGUUCUGCUGGGCUGCAGAGGUUCUGCUGGGCUGCAGAGGUUCUGCCGGGCUGCAGAGGUUCUGCCAGACUGCAGAGGUUCUGCCAGACAGCAGAGGUUCUGCCGGGCUGCAGAGGUUCUGCCUGGCUGCAGAGGUUCUGCUGGGCUGCAGAGGUUCUGCCGGGCUGCAGAGGUUCUGCCUGGCUGCAGAGGUUCUGCUGGGCUGCAGAGGUUCUGCCGGGCUGCAGAGGUUCUGCCAGACUGCAGAGGUUCUGCCAGACAGCAGAGGUUCUGCCGGGCUGCAGAGGCAUCCACUGUUUCAUUGGUUCGGCUGUAAACCUUCCUGGGUCGUUAAGAUUCCUGGAUUUUACUUCAGCUUCUCUCCGGCGAAGGAAAAGAAAAUAACCUGAAAGUCUUUCUGCUCAUUAAACGAGUGAAUUACUGAGUAAUAGGGAUUAGAAAGAGCAGGUCCGGUUUCCUCCUGUUCUGUGUGUGAAUGGAAG